AUGUUUCUAUUCACAUCACAGAAACGGUUCGGCCGGUUGAUUCUCUAUGCGCUGGGGGUGCUCGGGAUCAUCCUCAUCCUUUGGCAGUUGCCCUAUGCCCGGCCCACCGUGCGGAUAGGAGCUAGACGCGCCCGGUCACAGUUCGAGGCGAUCAGGAACGAAACUUUGGGGGUAUUUCCUUCCAAUGAUGUUGAUAUUAGCCCCCACCCUAAUUAUCGCGACAAUCUUGUCCUCGGUUCUUCAGUCAGUGGGUUUAACAUCGACUGGGUAAACGGUAUCACUCCCGACGAGGUUGACCCCAGGACAUACCCUUAUAACUGGAACUAUGACCAUAAACCUACCGAGUAUGGUGCUCGACGGGCUCAUGUGAACGCCAUGCAACGAAUUGUUCAUGAAAGGAUAGGAAGUGCCAUGAUCAUGGAGGAUGAUGUCGACUGGGACGUCAAUCUCAAAACCCAGCUACAGAGCUUUGCUCUCGGUGUACGGGCUCUCCAAGGGGCGGAUAAGAAGGUGACGGCUUCGCCCUACGGUGAUGACUGGGACAUCAUCUGGCUUGGUCACUGUGGCAUGGAAUGUCGAACUAAUGAGCCGUAUUUCGUGAGCUCAAAUGAUACAACCGUCCUUCCACCACAUCACUUUCUGCCCUACUGGCGCGAUCCGCCUCCGUUCGGGAUACCAGAUUACACCCGUCUGACCUGCGCCGUCAACGAUGCUGUUUGCUCCAUAGUCUAUGCAGUGAGCUAUCAUGGUGCUCAGAAGAUCUUGUCUGCUCUUUCUGUGAACCCAACAGGCCUCGCAGACAAAAUCGACAUUGGCGCCCAGUUCGACGUAUCGCUCGGUCGCAUGUGCGGUAAUGGCUAUCUCCGGUGCUUUGCGGUCUACCCAUCCUUAACAGGUGGAUAUCAUCCUGCUGGGCCCUCCUCGAAGGAAUCUGAUAUUCAUGGCGGGAAUGAGGAUGUCCAUCCUGUCUCCAGUCACGGGGUUAUGUACAGUACGAUGCUGAACAUCAACCGCAUACUAAACGGUGAGGAUACGGUUGUUUCCAAUUGGGAUGACGCCCCUGCUCCAGUGAUUAACCCGGCGAACGUCUCAGUGGUUGGGGGAACGAUGCAUAUGCUGCAAGAGAACGACAUGUAUACUCUUUCGGUUGUCAACCCAUAA